AUGGGAGACGAUAUUUUCGAGGUGAGUGUACAAUAUUUUUUCAAACUUUGACAUGAGUUAUAUUUGCAAUGUUUAGACGUUGUAUUACUUGUGGAAAUUGGAGAGUGACACCAAAGUGAAAGAAAAAAUGCUGAAGAUUUCGAGAGAAAAAACAAUAACAGUUGAUCUGUUGAAAAUUCUUUGGCCACUAUACAAUCACAAAAAAUUCGAAUCUUUCGAUGAAAUUUCGGAUGAUUUGGAGCAAAUCGAAAUAACCUCGAAAAUAUUGGUCGAUGUAAGUUAAACCAUUUAGAAUUUAUCUUAGCUCAAGAUUAUUUAUUCAGCAAAUUCAAAGCGAUUGCACGAAAAAUUCAUUAUUUUUAUUAAUUGGUUAA